CCGUCAAUACAUUGGAAACUUCCCCUGGAUUGUAUGAUUGGUUGAUGUCGGUGUUUUCAUUCCGCGUAUAUUGCCUCCGGAAAUUCCUUUCAUAGUAGCUAAAUAUCGUAGUUUCAGUGCCUCAUACAGUUGCCUCUCGAUUUGAAGAAGUAACUAAGAAUUCUAUCCCAUUGGAAACUCUAUUCAAAACACUAAACACUCGUGAAUAUUGCCUAUGUGCCUUUUUGUCGGUGUCAGCGAUGUCAUUGAAGUCGACCGACAUUUUUCCUUGAUCCGCUCUCUCCCAUACGGUAUUAAAAAACGAAAGUGAAUGGCGAAGUGAACCUUGAUCCUGCCGCAAAAAUCCACAGUACGAUUGCGUGCAGCCGAAAAACCAGUUGCCCGGUCAUAUUUUCGUCCUUUGAAGGUCUCCAAAGACGGCGAAUAUCGCGGAAGCGAGUGAUUUUGGUCCCCGGCCGUCGCGGGGGGUUCUGUUAUGUGUGCCUGUGCAUCGCGCUGCUGCUGUGUCACGAGCGCACAGUAGAGUCGAGUUUGAGGAAAUCGUUUGAUAUUGUAGAAGGGGACGCACGGCUUAUCGAUAAGAAUAUUAAACGCCGGAAAUUUCAACACGAUAACGCUUCCUACGUUGGCUAUUAUUUCUAACGUCUAGGGAAUCAAAUAUCUUCAAAUCAUGUGUAAUACAAAGAAUAUUAUGGCGGGGAUUGAUCUCGCCGAAGCUGCAUAAAAUGGAUACCGACGACGUUGAAACUUCAAGCAGCAGUGCAAUGUCCACUUUGGGCACAUUAUUUUCAUUCACAAGUCCGGCUGUGAAAAAGUUACUAGGAUGGAAGCAAGGCGACGAGGAGGAGAAAUGGGCCGAAAAGGCAGUAGAUAGUUUAGUAAAGAAACUGAAGAAACGGAAAGGAGCUAUCGAGGAAUUGGAGAGGGCUCUUUCAUGUCCAGGACAACCAUCUAAAUGUGUGACAAUCCCACGGUCAUUGGAUGGACGGUUACAGGUUUCCCAUCGCAAAGGAUUGCCACAUGUAAUCUACUGCCGAGUAUGGCGAUGGCCGGAUCUUCAAUCACAUCAUGAACUGAAGCCAAUCGAAAGUUGUCAAUAUCCUUUCAGCGCUAAACAGAAGGAAGUGUGUAUCAACCCGUACCAUUAUAAACGCGUAGAAAGUCCAGUUCUGCCGCCUGUACUAGUUCCGAGACAUUCAGAAUUUGCACCUGGCCAUUCACUCCUACCUUUUCAAAACAUGGCGGAGUCUAACAUGCCGCACAACGUGAGUUAUUCUACAGCCGGCUUCAAUUCGCAUAUAAGUCCAAACAGUCCAAGUAUGACAUCAGUUGGGAGCACAAGUUCUGUGAACUCUAACCCAACGAGCCCGUAUGGAAGUUUGGCUGAAACCCCUCCGCCGGCUUACAGUCCAUCGGAAGAUGCGAACGCGAACAAUCAAACAGAAGGCGGAACUCCCAUGGAUGCUCCGAUGGAAGUUGCUCCUGUAAGCUAUUCAGAACCAUUAUUCUGGGCAAGUAUUGCGUAUUAUGAACUCAACUGUCGAGUUGGAGAAGUUUUCCAUGCAAAUUCCAAUUCGCUGAUCGUCGACGGUUUCACGAAUCCGUCAAAUAACUCGGAUCGUUUCUGUUUGGGCCAAUUGAGCAAUGUUAAUCGUAACAGCACUAUUGAAAACACACGACGUCACAUUGGGAAGGGCGUUCACCUCUAUUAUGUAGCUGGAGAAGUGUACGCCGAGUGUUUGUCAGAUUCAGCCAUUUUCGUGCAAUCCCGCAACUGUAAUUAUCACCAUGGUUUUCAUCCUUCCACAGUUUGCAAAAUCCCACCAGGCUGUUCGCUGAAGAUUUUCAAUAACCAAGAAUUUGCUCAGCUCCUGUCGCAAUCAGUUAAUCAUGGAUUCGAAGCAGUUUUCGAACUAACACGAAUGUGUACAAUUCGCAUGAGCUUCGUGAAAGGUUGGGGCGCUGAAUAUCAUAGACAAGAUGUAACAUCGACGCCCUGCUGGAUCGAAAUUCACCUGCACGGUCCCCUCCAAUGGCUGGAUAAAGUGCUCACGCAAAUGGGAUCUCCACAUAAUGCAAUAAGUUCAGUUUCUUAAAGGCUAUGAGUGUUAGUUGAAAAUUGUGUAUUAUUGCUUCCUCACCUAAUGAAAUUCGUAGCAAGCAAUCCAAGCAUGACAUCGACUUUCAUUUUUUAAUGAAGAAUUUAUCGUGAAUAGGAAGUUAUUUCUAGUGAUUGAUUGUGCCGUAUUUCCAGUAAAUAUUUUAGAAUGCUAACAAGUUUCCACUGAAGUUUAGCCAUAUACCAUAGAAACUACUGGUAUGUAAUGAAAACUAUGGAAAGGAAAACAUGAUUCGUAAAACCUAUUUUGAUCUCAUUUUAUAAAUAUGAAAAGUGGAAUUAAUUUGUUCAUUCAAUUUAUACAAAAUGAAUAUGUAAUGGAAACUGCUCGAUAAAUAAAGUGUCACGUGAAAAUUAUAAUGUAACUUUUAAUAGGAAAUAAGCCAUCAUAUAAGAACUCAUAAUAGAAAUAUAGGAUCUGAUUGAUUUCUCUUUUUUUAUCGAUAAUCCUUAAGAAAGAAAGAAGAAGAAUAUAAAAGAAUUGAAUCGUACAAAGAGCAGCCUUUAUGGGUAUAAUCCAUGUAAACUGAAGUAUGAGAAAUAAAUUAUUCGAGGAAAUUUGUGCAAUUAAAAAAAAUGUUUGGACUGUAGUCAUUGA